AACUUAUUUUAUAUGGAAUUCAGUUUUUCGUUUCCAAAGUUCGCAAAUGGUUUUGUCACUUUGAAUUUUUUUUAGUUCACUCUAAGCUCACAUUAAAUAACUAGAAUUUACGUCUAGCUUUGAGAAUGAAGUUGUUCAAGGCUCUUGUUUUGACCGCAAUGUUAUUUGGUACAGGGUUUGCGAUUGAAUGCUACGUUUGCCACCAGUGUAACGAUGCUGUACAACUGACAGACUUGAAGAUUUUAAAUUGUUCUUCUGUGUUUAGAACUUGCACAAAAUCAUCAGUAAACGGCGAAGUGACAAGAAGUUGUAGUGUGGGAGGUACUAUAGGCUGUACUAGAGGCUCUACAGAAGGAGCAACAGGAGAAGCCUGCAUUUGUCAAGGAGAUAGAUGCAAUGAAUCGAAAGAAAUGAAGUCGACUAUUUAUAUAGUUUUAACGGUUAUACUAAUAAUUGUCAAAUUUAUUAUAUAAAUGUCACUAAAAACUGUUAUGUGUUAAUCAAUAAAUGCUCAACGUUGUUUUAUAUACUUCAAAUUGUUUCAAAACCCAACAUUACAAAAUUUUCACAUCUCGAAAAUUUACCAAUACAGAGGAGAUACAUUGUGAACGUGGAAGGCAAAGGAUUAAACUUAACUGAGGGAGAAGUGAAACAAAGAUUGUCAUUGAAAUAACCUACUAUAUGCUAGACUCUGGCUGCUAUAGUACAUGAUUACCUCAUCUGAUAUGUACUGGACUUCUCUCGAAUGGUCCAGAGGUCAGAAAUCCGGGAUUUCACCCAGACGGCCCUGGUUUUAUCACCUCUCUAAGAACAUUUUUUCAUUAAUUCACUAUUUGAGUAACAUUAUUACAAAUAUGAGGACGUUUCAAAGUUACUAACGACCAGGUUUCUAUAUUAUUUUAAUUCAUACUUGUUCAAGGGCCUAAGAGUCACCAUUGAUUCUUCGGUGCUCCAGAAGCAUGCGCACCACGAUGUCGCACAACCUGAAUCCUAACCGGUACACACACAUACUAUGUUCAGGUUGUGCGCCAUCUUGGUGCGCAUACUUCAGGAGGUCCGAUUCUUCUUUAUAAUAAAGUACGAUAUGAGAAAGAGCCACUUAAGCCUGUUCGUUCGCAUCCUGU